AUGGUUGAUAUUUUAGAUAGCUAUUAUAGUUCUUUCGAAGCUGAGGAUUACCAUUUGGGGAACUCGUCCACUCUAAAAAAGGUAACCUUUAAGAAAUGGUCUAAAGGCUCCCAAUACCCUCGCACAGGGGUUAUGAAAAUAUUCUUAAGAUGUCGAGAAGAAUUCCAAAAGGAAGCCCAUUACCUGAUGCGUGCUUCAAAGUGCCAUCAUGGUAUUGUGCAGUUCUAUCAUGAGAUGGUAGUGAAUGGGCAGUAUCACAUUUUUAUGGAGUAUUGCGAAAAAGAUAGUCUAGGAGAUAUCAUUUCAAAUAAGUGCCAAAAUAAAGUCCUAUUAAGCAUAACUCAGCAAUUAAAAUAUUUUGUAACCAUCACAGAAGCACUCGCUGCAUUGCACGAAGCUGGAAUCGCCCAUAGAGAUAUCAAGCCAAAUAAUAUUUUCCUCAACGAAAGCAACGAAAUAAAAAUCGGCGAUUUUGGAGAGUCAAAGGAAAUCCGUUUUGGCGAGCAAAAUACUGUCUUAGGCACUUGCACAUAUAUGUCUCCUUUUUUAGCUAAAUGCUUUGAAAAAAAAAUAUUCAAAAGCAAAUUAAUUGACCCUUUUAAAGAAGAUGUAUGAUCUGCUGGAAAAACUUUAUAUGAAUUCGCUAUUAUGAGCGUAUAUACUAGCUUGCCUAAGUCUGAGGACAAGUUAAAAAAUAGGGUUAGGAGUGAUAUGACAGGAUAUGGAUUUCCUGAUGAAGUAAUAGAAAUCGUUUUAGAUAUGCUGAUAUAUGAUCAUAAAAUUAGACCCAGUAUGGCUGAAAUCUGCGAACGGCUUAAAUCAGCUUAUUUUAGUGAAAUGGCAGCUCAGAAUUUAGAGCAUCAGCCCUUAGAUGAUGCAUAUGCAACAGAUAAUCAAGAUUUUAAAGAAGAGGGGGUGGAUUUGAAUGAUUGAAAACUAACAAAAAAUGGUCAAGAUUUAAAUGAUUUCUCACUUAGUUCUUUUUGUGUGAAAAGCGAAAACCCUGCUCCCAAAUUAUUAGAAAAGCAAGAUGUGAAGAUAGAUAGUACUGAACAAAAUCAACUCAAUGAAUAUAGUAAUUUAAAAUUAUGUCUGAAAAAUGACUCAUUUAUGCAUGGCUGUGGAAAAGAAAUAGAUAGAGACACAUUUAUCUCUUUUAUUAAAGAAGUUCUUCUAAUAGAAACAGAUUAUUCAAAUGUUGCUUGCAGCUUUUGCGGAAAUGCUCUUCCUAAAGAAAUUUUUAGCAGCAAAGCUUGAGAUAUUGAGGAGAUAUAA